UGCCCACUGGCAGGGAGGAUGUCGCGGGGCUGCCUCACAGACGGCACGGCCGAGCUGCCCGGUGCGCCCGGUGUCUGUGACAUGUUCUCCCGGUGAAGCGGUGGCAGACACAGCGGAGUCACCACGGCUCAGCCACGAGGAGUCAGACUGAAAAGUCCCGCCAGCUGCAGCAGCUGAGGCUUUGUGGUGCCACGAUGAGGGAAGUUGGAGGAAUGAUCCCGCUGUUGUUGUUGCUGAUCUCCACGCCACAUACAGAGGGCACACGCUACAGCCUUCCAGGGAAACCUGCACUGACCAGAUGUCGUUCACCCGAAAAAGAAACCUUCACCUGCUGGUGGGAGCCGGGCUCUGACGGAGGACUGCCCACUACCUACGCACUGUAUUAUCGCAAAGAAAACUCUGAGACAGUGCAUGAAUGUCCCGACUACCGCACGGCCGGGAAGAACUCCUGCUUUUUUAACAAGAACGACACGUCCAUCUGGGUCAACUACAACAUCACAGUGGUGGCCACCAACUCGCUGGGCAGCACCUUCUCCGACCCCGUGGAUGUAGACGUGGUCUACAUAGUGAAGCCGAAUCCUCCAGAAAAGGUUGCUGUGACUGUAUUGGAGGACAAAGGCUGGCCUUUCCUCCGAGUGUCAUGGGAACCGCCGCAUAAGGCCGACACCCGCUCUGGUUGGAUCACUCUCAUCUAUGAGCUCCGUGUCAAGUUAGAGAAGGAAGACGAAUGGGAGGUGCACCUGGCCGGCCAGCAGAAGAUGUUUAACAUUUUCAGCCUGCGUUCAGGUGGUACAUACCUCAUCCAGGUGCGCUGUAAGCCCGAUCACGGCUUCUGGAGCGAAUGGAGUUCCACAUCCUACACCGAAGUUCCUGACUAUUUCCAAAGGGAAAGGUCAGUCUGGAUCCUCAUCAUGGUUUUUUCUGCCUUCAUCUUUCUGUUCCUCACAUGGCUGAUGCAUAUAAACAGCCAAAGUCUGAAACACUGUAUUCUGCCACCGAUCCCUGGUCCUAAAAUCAAGGGAUUUGAUGAGCAGCUUCUCAAGGAUGGCAAGUCUGACGAAAUCUUCCGUGCACUGGUGUUGUCUGAUUUCCCUACGACCGCACCUUCGAACUACGAGGACCUGCUGGUAGAAUACCUAGAGGUUUAUGUCCCUGAUGAGCAGGAGCGCAUGCUGGAAGAAAGCAAGGAUCUUCAUGACGUGUGCCUUAAAUCUGACGGUUCCACGUCGGACAGCGACUCUGGCCGCGGCAGCUGUGACAGCCACACCCUGCUGAUGGACAAGUGUGCAAAAGAGGAUGGGCGCCAAACAGAUCUGGCGGGCAAUCAAACGAAGAGUGAUGCGCAGAGGCACAAGGCAGCCUGGGAGAAAGAGGCAGUGGCUUAUUCUCAUGACGUUAGCCCCGAUGUGUGUAGUGGGAGGGUCAAGACCUGGCCUUCUGUGUUUUCUCCGCUACCCCAGUACAGCUUGAGCCCGCUUGAGACGGCCAGGCAGCACUGCGUUUCUGACACUUUGUUCCCUUCGGACUCCUCACCCCACGGCCUCUCUCAGCCGGGCCUCAGCGGCAAAGACACCCCUGGGUCAAAUCACUGGAAGUUUAGCUCGAACAACAAGCAGACUCAUCUGCUCGCACCCCAGACCGGGGACCGCCAGCAGCUACAGGCCUACAGUGAAGUCAACAUCUCGACCAUUGGCCUUAAAGAAGCAUCCGUCGGUCUUCAGGUGCCUGCUGCCAGAUCGACAGAGUACGUCGAGGUCCAAAGGGUCAGCGAGGAGAAUGUGGUGCUUCUUCAUCCCGUUCCUUCGGGCCACCAGCACAGAAAGCGCUUCGUCCAGAUGUUCCAGGAGGAAGACUACAGCAAGGUGAAGGGUGUGGGUAGAGACAAUGUGCUGCUGCUUGAGAGACAGGUCACGGAGGAACAGGUGGAUGUGUUGUCUUGUGAAAACCGGGAAGAAAAUGGAUCUGCAGAGACGUACCAUACAUCAUCUAUUACUAACAAUACUCAGAAGCCAACUUAUUCCAGCCUGCGCGCUCAGGAAGAAGAGGCCACAGCAGGGAGCGGCUACAUCGACACUGCCAGCAUGUUCACCCUGCCCUCUUAUUAGGUGACUACAGUGUCCAUAAGCCCAUCUGACAAGUGUCGAAUGUUAAUGUUGUGACAGACAAAUGUUAGGUCAAGACUUGGAAAAAAACAAUCUAGUAUAUGGCUGGACCGUGUACGAUCGAGUUUUUUGAAAAUAUGAAUAGGAAUUUGCACAAUGGACCAGACGAAAGGUCCUCAGUCAUUCGCAAGAUUCAGAUCCACGGGGCUGGCCCUCCCCAUACUGCCCAGCCAAAAACAAAACACCAACUUCUUCAAACAAUGACUGCAAAGACUGCCAAAGUAAUAUUUCUGGGAUGUAUUCUAGAAAUAAUCCCAAUAUAUGGAUAUGUAUUUUUUUGUCAUCAAAAAAGUAUUUUAAUAUAUUACAAAAUUGUAUUUUAUUGCUAUGCAGUGAUCCUAUUUAAGAUCUGAAAUAAUUUAGCAGUUUAUUAUUUCAUUGGAAUUAAACUUUACAAUCCGUUAGAAAUCAUCUUUUGCAGCCACGUGAACUUUGCAAAGUAAGUCAUAUUAUUUGCUUUGUUAGAUUUAUUUUUUUUUUUAAAUUAAGUGCAGCACGUUUUUUUUCUCCCAUAGAACAGGUAGAGAAAAUGGAUGUAUGAAUGGACAGACUUUCAUUUAAGGCUGCUUGCUAUUUAUUGUAAAUGUGUGUAUAGAAACGCAGAGAUUAUGAAAACUGAGAAUGUUAGAAUGUAUCAUUCUAUUUUGGAUCCAGAGACUAUUUACUUUUUGGUGCGCGCAUAUGUAACUUUAUAGCAAGAAUGAAACAGCCCUGCAGUAUUUCUGGAAUGGAAUGCUUGUCAUAAUAAGCAUGUUUAUAAUAAAUAACUGAGAUGCAAUGAUGAAAUGGGGUUCAUUUUGUUAAGAUGCUGUUUCUUUUUUCAUGAAAAAGUACACUUCCUUUCAUACAUUUCAAUUAAUAUUAUUGAAAUAUCCAUUUUACAAUAUGGCACUUUCUUCAAAAAUAUUUUUAAUCCUCAAACUCAUGAAAAAAAAUCACUGUUUUAUAUUAAAAAUGAAAUAAUGUGUGGAGUCAUUUGUUCCUUUCUUGUUUUUUUUAAUAAGUGAAACAUUUCCAAUAUCCGUCUGCUACGCCCUUCAUAGUUUUAAAGCUUUCUAAAGUGUCACUUGUGUUUUUGUGUUUCGAAACUUUUUGUCACCCCUGCCUCCAACUCAAGAACACAUCAAUUGCAAAAAGACUGCUGUCCCCUUCAGAAGCAUACCUAAUAAAGUGCAUGUUUGUUUGAUUGCUCAGAUCAGAAAAGUUCAUGUUGUUCCUUCUGGGUCUCUUCAUUGAGUCCUUGGAAACUUGGCUGAUUGUAUACACAAGAAACUCUUCCAACUGGGAUUCAAACCCAGGUCCCUCACACCUAAUCCAUCACAGAGACUUCCUUUACAAAACAGCAAGCUCAAUUUCCAACUGGAAGCAAAUGCUCAAAAUAGUUGUUUCAGAAAUUAAUGUUCCAAUUAGAUAAAUCUUUUGUUUAGCAAAAUGGCUGACAUAGGAUGAUGAAUGUAAUCCGUUUAGAAAUGCUCCACACAUUAUAUCCCCAAAAAAUUCUCACGUGUUGUAUGGAAGCAAAAAUGAUUGUUUUCCUGUGACGCAUAAAAACUGAGAGAAGUUAAAUUCGACUCAGACAAGGUCCUUAUUUUUCUUUAUCCUGUGCUGCACACACUUUUUCUUUUAUUCAGCAUAUCUUUAAUCUCUUACUCCUUGGUUGUACCUAUUGUAUUUGUAUAUAUGUGCAAGUGUGUAUAUGUAUGUAUAGAGAUAUACGAGUAUUUAUAUAUGAGUAUGUAAAUAUAUGUAUAUAGCCUUCACUGUCUAUAAUUUUUCUGCAUAAAUUAUAUAUUUUUACUUUUGUUUGCUUGCUAGUGAUGCUGCUGC